AUGCAAAUGGAGCAUAGCAUUUAUAGCAGCUCUGCGUCAAUCCCUAUAGACAAGAGGAUAUCAACUAUAUCGAUUUCUUCGAAGCAGCACGAUAAUGCAGAAUACGCUAUUAAUAGAUUAUCGCAGAAAUACGAUUCUUAUCAAGAAUUUCUCUACAGAAAUCAGUUGAGGAGAAGACUUUCGUCGACCGGAGACAACAGUGGCGAUUCCAGCACCACUGCUUCCGGCAGCAGCUACGGAGAAAGGGAUGAGGGUAGCGAGGGUAGAGCAGAGAGUGACGAAGUUGACCCGGAUCGAGAGGAAGAAAAAGAGGAGGAAGAGCCUCUAGGAGGUUUGGUGUCGGACUUGGAGAAGCAGGCGGUGGAGACCUUCUUCAAAGGAUUGAAGACACAGUUGUUUGUUAGUGGAUCCCUGGCAAAUCUCUACACAAAAACGACAAACGACCCAGAGUGGCAGUUGAAAUAUACUGGAAUUCCUGUCGUUAUCUUGGAUGUGGGAGAAUCUAGAGCCAGAGACAAAAGGCGGAUACAGAUCGCUCUAGCUGAAAGAGGCACUUGUUUCAUGUUGUGGCACGAUACCAUCGACAAUCUGUCCUCGUACAAAGUGGAGAGUCCCUCGUUCCACACCAUGCACUACUCGCCUGACCACACCGUCCAGGUGGGCUUCAGCUUCGACAACGCGCCUCAUGCGGAGCAAAUGUGGGAGCACAUUGAGAGGCUGGUGGCCUGCCCGGAGAACAUUUCCCUGUCUACGCCUGGUAAAAAGAAGAAGAAGAAAGCAAAGAAAGCCCCGAAACCUCCGCCACUGCCCCCAAAGAGCCACAUCUCGCAGCCUUGCUGCUUCCAGCACAUCACCUCCGUGGAUAGGGGAGAUACGGACAGGUUUUAUUCGCUUAAAGAGUUGUUGCCUCACGCGAGGAUUCACAAAUUCCACGAAGUCUGAGUAUACUGAAAGCGACACUUUGUUGUUUCUUUUUUUACAUGUACAUUUUUUACUUAUCAUGUUCCACUAUAAGCUGUAGGUCCCGCUCUUCCUAA